CACCUGAUUGCUGACCUUUUAAAUCUGGGAGAGACCACCAGCUGCAGCCCAUAGAGGGUCAGUUUGAUUCUGAUUUCUUUAGGCCCUUCUCUUCUUCCUGGGGAACAUGUACCACUACCCGUCACUGAGUGACCCAUAGGUGCUACAUCACGUUUGUGGGAAAACGUCGGCGUGUUGGUCAAGAGGACAGGAUGCUUCUCGUGAGAAGAAAAACAAAGCCCACAGCAGCAGGAUGCCUGGUGCAGUGGAGCAGCUCAGCAUGGGCAGCAUCAUGGCUACCGGCCACCAGCCUGAGCCAGGACCUCGGUAAGUCUGUUGGACGGCCCCAGUAGUAGUACUGGCUACCUCAGCCUCCGCUGCCCCCUCCUGUGAACUCCGACAGCCUGAGAGAACUGGAGCAGAGACAACAAGAGGCAAAGGGUUCCCAGUGCAUGUUCCGCACGCCAGCAUCUCAAGCAGCGCUCCAAGCCUGACUCCAAGAUUGGCUUGCACCAACACGUCUCCUGGAAUCCUCGCCUGCCUUCCAUGCCCAGCUAACAUGCGUCACGCACUGAGCCCAUCCUUUGCCUGCUCCUUGCAACACGGAUGACAGAAACUAUCCAGCGAGAAUGGGAGCGCUCGAAUCCUCAAUGAGUUUUCUUUUAUUGCAUAAAGCUUUUGGCUGUUUACAACCAAGUUGCUACACAGCUAUUGCCAGGGAAGUCCUUUCAGGUUGUGGUAAAGCGGCAUUAUGCCUGGGCUACCCUUUGCCUUCCAUGUGUGUGCUGGAGCUGUGCUUUCAUUAUUAGUUCAGAAAACAGGACAGCAAUGCAUGAACAGUACGGGGAAAGGUUCUUCCAGAGCUCUUUUUCCCUAGCGGGCCCAGCAAAGCCAAUGGAAGGAUCCCCUGAUCCAGUGUGUUCUGACGUUGGAGGCCACGUGCUGCAGAGGAGUGCUGACACCUAGUAAAGUAACAUUUUUAAAAGAGGUUCACUGAAGAGGAAAAAACCACCAGUGACCUUAUGGGAAGGACGACUAGAGGAGGCAAGGAAAGGGGAGCCCAGGGUUAAUGUGUAAGUAAAAUGAUUGUAUCUUUCAAAAAUUGACAGGAAAAUAUGAAGCAUAAUUUACUGUGUGUGUGUGUGCUUCCAAAUAGACACAGCAAAGAGCAAAUCAGUCCCUGGCUUCAUGAGAAAGACAGAUGCUCCGGUUUGGCUCUGCAGCGUAAGAAAUGCAUUCCUGAUACUGAAUGCCAUGUCUGUAGUUAGCAGGUACUAGAGGAGAGAAGUCAUCAGAAUUUGCUGUCUGCAAAGAUUUGGAAACCUGGGGAAACAUGUCUAAUGAACUUGAUUUCAGGUCCAUGUGCUUCCUGAAGAACGACAGCAUGAGCUUCCCGAAAUUCCCCUACACCAGUGAAGACGAAGCCUGGAAAAGCUACCUGGAGAACCCCCUGACAGCCGCCACUAAGGCCAUGAUGAGGGUGAACGGAGACGACGACAGCGUAGCUGCCCUGAGCCUCCUCUAUGACUACUACAUGGUCCCAAAGGAGAAGAGGAUCCUUCCACCUGGUAUGAUGGGACGCAAUGAACUGGGAAAAAGGAACUGUCACGGAAUGGAGUAUGACCCCGAGAUCUCAUCCUUCGAGGGCUCUGCCCACCUCAUGAAGCUCCUGGCCGAAAACGCUUCUGGGACCCAAGAAUAUUCCGACCUGCCCAAGAAAAAUGGCUUGAGUCUAGAGGGUGUCCCCGUGCCCCUCAAGCCGGCCAUCCUGCUGCCCAGCACCAGCAAGCUGGAGCCCUCCCCCGAAAACUACGCCAUCGCCUCGGGGGAUGUGUACGACAAUGGCUCGCUGAGCUCCCUCUUCGAAACCAUCCAUGUGGUGCCGCAGCAGCAGAGGUGGCAGCCAGACAGCACUUUCAAAGAUGAUCCGCAGGAGUCACUGCUCUUCGGUGAUAUCCUCAAAUCCCAGCCAGACCAGCCAUGCUCCGAGGGUUACCCUGCUGAUGGCGCGAAGAGGAGUGACUUUGAAUAUACCCUGGGCUCCCCCAAAGCCAUUCACAUCAAAUCUGGGGACUCGCCCAUGGCCUACCUCAACAAAGGACAGUUCUACCCAGUCACCCUGAGGACAGCUGGAGACGGCAAAUGUUUACACUUGUCCUCGAAUAAAGUGAAGAGCACUGUGAUGGUCGUUUUUGACAAUGAAAAGAAUCCAACGGAGCAGCUAAAGUUCUGGAAGCACUGGCAUUCGCGCCAGCCGACUGCCAAGCAGAGAGUCAUUGACGUUGCCGACUGUAAAGAAAACUUCAACACAGUGCAGCACAUUGAGGAGAUUGCAUACAACGCCUUGUCCUUCGUGUGGAAUGCUAACGAAGAAGCAAAGGUUUUUAUUGGGGUGAAUUGCCUGAGUACAGACUUCUCCUCCCAGAAAGGAGUGAAGGGCGUCCCUUUAAACCUCCAGAUCGACACCUAUGACUGUGGCCCUGGGACAAGCCGGCUGGUGCACCGAGCCGUCUGCCAGAUCAAGAUCUUCUGCGAUAAGGGAGCAGAGAGGAAAAUGCGGGACGAUGAGCGCAAGCAGUUCAGAAGGAAAGGGAAAUGUGUGGACUCCAAUAACAACGGUUUGAAAGGCUGUUUGCUGUCUGGCUUUCGAGGGAACGAAAUCACAUUCCUCAGGCCAGAGUCGGAUUUAGAAACCGAGCCAGUCUUGUUUAUUCCAAAUGUCCAUUUUUCAAAUUUUCAGAGAUGUGGUGUGAUGCUUCCUGCUGCUGCUGUUCCUAACAAUGUAAACAGGUUGCCAUUAAAACGGAGCUGUCCCUCGUUCUCGGACGAGUUUGAUCCUUCACCUUCCAAACUAGCCAAAGAAGAAGAUGCCAAGAGAGUCUUGCUGUAUGUGCGGAGGGAAUCCGAGGAAGUAUUCGAUGCUCUCAUGUUGAAGACACCAGAUCUCCAAGGACUCAGGAAUGCUAUUUCAGAAAAAUAUGGGCUGCCUGAAGAAAGCAUCUAUAAAGUCUAUAAAAAGUGCAAACGAGGCAUCUUGGUGAACAUGGAUAACAACAUCAUCCAGCACUACAGCAACCACAUGGCUUUUUUACUGGACAUAGUGGAAGCAGAGGACAAAAUCCAGAUCAUCCUCAAGGAGCUCUAAAGAUCCCAGGGCUGCACUUACGCUGGGACUUCUCUCCCGAAGCCGGCGAGCUGGACCCAAACGGGACACAACCUCACGCCAUGCCUCAUUGCCGGUACUUGAACACGUUCCCCUGGGGAGGAGACGCUCAGCGCGAGGAAGUGCUUGGACAAUCCAUUCUCAAUGUGAACGUGGAACUUCUCGCCGUUGAAUUUAUUAUUAUUAAUUAUUAUUAUUAUUAUUAUUUGUAUUUUGUAUUUUCUUUCCCCCAGGCAACAGGUCGGAGCUUCUGUUUCACGGUUGGGAUAGCAGAUCUGCUAAUAGGGUUGUCCAAUGGCAGCCUACACACGGACAAACAAAUGCUUUUGUUCACCCCUUGUCUUGGUCUGUUGCUGAAUCGACCACAGGCAGCAGCUUUCUACUAAACCGUCAGUCAUGCAGAACCUUCAAACAGAGCUAAUCCCGGCCGGCAGCUCCUCGUUCCAAAGAGACUUUCUCAGAUGCAUUGAAACAUGGCUGCUAAACAGAUGCUGCCGGCUCUGGGCACGGCCCCUCCACCUCACCCCGGAUGUAAAUACCACGCGUCAGCCAUUUGUUUUAUACGUUUCUAAUGUACCCUUCCUUUUAUAUUUUGUAUAUGUAUAAAUAUGCCUCGUUUUAUAUUUGACCCAGCACCGGGACACUGAGAGCAUUUCAAAACCGGGCUGCUUCACAUUUCCCCGGGAACUUGUUUUUAUAACCGUGUUGUUGGGUUUUUUGUAUAGUCCGUAGCAAUAAAGGUUCGGAGAUGGAAAGUUGAAGUGUUCUUGCCAAACUCGGUGGGGCUUG